UUAAAGUCAUUUUGGCAUCCUCUUGCACAAAAUAUCUCUUUCUUCUCGUUCAUCUUCUUCCUCGACUGACCGAAACUGUUUUGUACCUUGUAUCAUCAUCUUCCCACUGCAAAUAAAUAAAUAAAAUACUAGUGUAACACGACGCCGUUCCAAGCAUGGCUGCAGUGCUCGGCAAUUUAGCUCUAAUACUGGACCCAGCUCGCGUAACAUCUCCACGCUACUGCACGUUACCCGACCGAAAAUCCCACCGCCCGCCGGUCCCAAUUCUCUCCGACGUCGUCUUGAACCUGUUCAAGAAAGAAUCUUUUGCCCCAGAAUUCGAUGGGGAAAUCCGAAAAGAAAAAUCUUUUGCUAAAAAAGAAAAGUUAAAGUCCAAGUCAAAGGUGAAUGCAGUGGACUACGAGAACUCCAGCGACGACGAAAAUGGGAAUGGGUUCGCGGAUGAGGAUGGGUUUAAUUGGGAGGAAGAGAUGAGGAGGAGAGUGAAGGAAAUUGAGGAGAUGAGGGAGCUGGAAAAGAAGGCUGAAGAAGUGCAGAAUAGAGUGGACGAGGAGUUUAAGGAAGUUGGUGGGGAGAAUAAGGAAGAUACUGAGGAAGAGAAACGGAUGAGAGUAAAAAAAGAGCUCGAAAAGGUAGCAAAGGAGCAAGCUGAACGGAGAAAAAUGGCUCAAUUGAUGUUUGACUUGGGUCAGAAAGCUUAUGGGAGGGGAAUGUAUGGACGUGCCAUUGAGUUUCUUGAAGCUGCCCUCACCAUCAUUCCCAGGCCAACUUUGUUUGGUGGUGAGAUACAAAUAUGGCUUGCAAUGGCCUAUGAAGCUAACAAUCGACAUGCAGAUUGCAUAGCACUUUACCAGCAGCUGGAGAAAAAACAUCCCAGUGUCAGCAUUCGGCGGCAAGCUGCAGAACUGCGUUACAUAUUGCAAGCACCUAAGCUCAAGAUAACCCAGGAAGAGAUGGUUACCAUACCACUGAUAGGUUCUAGCUACGAUAGCUAUGCGGCAACAUGGACUGACAAAUACAAGGACAAAGAUCAAAAGAGAAGUUUCUCUACUACUAAUCAGCUUCCAUCAGGUAGAGACUACUUAGCAGACUUCUUGGCAUGGAAACCCCCGGUUGGCUUGGAGAAGAACCAAACCUUUUGGAUAGCUUUGACAUUAUGGGUAGGGCUGGUUGGAGCUGCUCUUUUACUGCAAAAGUAAAAUGCUUCCAUUCUUUUAUAUCAUUGGAUUUUGAAGUCAAUUGGCAGAUUAUAGCCAAAGUAACAGGUGGAACUCAUAAAAGGAUGUCAGCUGAAGCCUGAAAAAUGUAUAUGUAAAUGCCUUCCUUUCUCUGGAUUCUUUAGUGGAAUAUAGUAUAUUCUUGAACAUUUUUAUCUGCAUUUAAGUAUAAAACAUUUCCUUGUACAUUUAUACCCAACGGUCUUUUGUUCUUACUUU